GUCUGUGUAGCCUUUAUAAACAAAGUCCUGUUCUCUCCCCCGUUUUCACAAGAUGCGUCUGUUUCUCUUUCUCAUCGUGGCUAUCACAGCCGUGUGUGCUCAAAAUUCCAGUACGUAUCUCAUCCUCGCUCCGUCAACGAUCCACCCCAACAUGGACUUCACCGUCAGCGUCAACAUUCUCAAGGCCACCGGUUACGUCACGGUCACCGCCCAAGUUCUAAGGGAAACCACUGUCGUGGCUAGCGGUGCGGAUGUAUUUAAAGAAGGAAAUCCGGGUACAAUCACCAUAAAAGGGCUAUGUGGUCAGUACAUGUUACGUUCUGACGAAAACUGCCUAUUUUCGUUCUUAAUUUUUUAUCCAAGGCCUCCUUCAGCCUCACAAAUAAAAUUCUCAUACGAAGCUAGGGAAAGAGAACAGCAUAAUUCCUCUUCAAUUGAUGCAUUAAAAAUUAAAAAAGGUUACCUUUCUUUGGAAGAACCACUGAAUAUCCCAGUUUCCAAUGUGCAGUUGCCGCCUGACCUUACUGAAAGCAAAUAUUAUAUUAAAGUCGUUGGCAGCGGUGGUUUGGUGUUUGACAACUCUAAGAGUCUCAGCUACAACAGCAAAAAGGCUUCGUUGUUUAUACAGCUGAAUAAGGCCAUCUUUAAGCCUAGUGAUACAGUAAAAUUUAGAAUUUUCGGCGUAAAUUCUAAUCUCCAGUCCUACAAGGGAGCAAUGAACAUUUCUAUUUAUGAUGCACAGUACAACAAGAUCAAACAAUGGGUCAAGUUCACUCCAGUGAAAGGGGUCAUCGCCCAGGAGUUGACCCUCUCAUCCCAGCCAGUUCUAGGGGACUGGACAGUGGUCGUGGAAACUGGGGACAGCGAAAAAGAUAAAUCCUUCACUGUUGCUGAGUAUGUUCUACCCUUGUUCGAAGUCGAGGUCAUCAUGCCACCUUACGUUUUGAUCAGCGAUUCCGACGUCACAUUUACUGUUAAGGCAAACAAUUUCUUCAAAACUAUUAUAGCAACCGUACAAACCAUAAGUUACAAUUUUAACUGUAAGCAGCUACCUCAGAAGAAAGAAAUUGAUGGAGAAACAAGAGUGUUAGUACCCAUGUCAAAGGUCACGGAAAAGGACAACCGAUUGAAUAGACUCAGCCUUCUCGUUAACGCCAACGUGACCGAGUCUUUGACCGGAAACCAGAUGGCCGGCAGUGGAACAGUCACCAUGUACGAAUAUGGUGUGAUACUUGAGUACCUGGAGAACAACUCCAAGACCUUCAAGCCUGGUCUACAGUACAAUGCUUAUCUACAAAUAUCCGAGCCCGACGGACGUCCAAUUAGUUCAGCGAAUGAGAGCGUCACAGUCAACAUCCAAGUCUACAACUAUAGCUGGAGCUACUUCCGUUCUUCCGGCGAGCCCAUUGAUAACCAGACCCUAAACAUCCCUAUCAAUUUGGGGUUUGUCCCCAUACUAGUAGAGAUACCGCCUGACGCUGAGAUGGUCAUUAUUACAUCACACUUCCGGGGAGCGACCGAAACUAAGCAUCUAAAAAAGAGCCACUCCCCAAGUAGUUCGUAUCUCCAAAUCAGCAUGAGAUCUUCCUCUUUAAAGGCAGGGGACACAAUCGUAUUUUCCAUCAACGGUACUGAAGAGUUGUCUAAACUUGUUUACCAGGUUCUGUCUCGAGGCUGCAUAGAAAAAUCUGGAACAAUAAAUGGCAACAACCAGAAAAGCGUCAAUUUCUCCAUAGUCUCUGAGCCCAGCAUGGCGCCAUCUGCGAGAAUGGUCGUCUACUACGUCCGACCAGACGGUGAAGUUGUCGCAGACAGUAUCAGCUUCGACGUCAUCGGCGCUUUCAAAAACAAGGUGACCGUUGACUUGGACAAGACUGAUGUUGAACCAGGAGAUGAUGUUACUGUCGUAACCACUGCUGAUCCAGACUCCAACGUCCAUUUAUUGGCUAUUGACCAGAGCGUCUUGUUACUGAAAAGUGGAAACGACGUCACUGCUAAUGAUAUCCACUCAGAUCUCAUGGAAUACGCCAGUCAAGGUUAUCCAAAAUAUUAUGUUCAUAACGACGCACGGAAAAUCCUGGAGAAUGCUGGGCUUGUUGUUUUAACUGAUGCUGUGUUGCCCGAGAGUAACGUUCUCAGUUCUCAGUUCUCAGUUCUCAGUUCUCAGUUCUCAGUUCUCAGUUCUCAGUUCUCAGUUCUCAGUUCUCAGUUCUCAGUUCUCAGUUCUCAGUUCUCAGUUCUCAGUUCUCAGUUCUCAGUUCUCAGUUCUCAGUUCUCAGUUCUCAGUUCUCAGUUCUCAGUUCUCAGUUCUCAGUUCUCAGUUCUCACGUAUGUGGCCCAUCCUGGUGAGCCCCAGGGUCCAUAUUACCAGACGGCAGGAAAGGCUGUAAAGUUUCAAGAACCUGUACGUGUCAGGCAGAUAUUCCCUGAGUCUUGGCUCUGGACUGAUGUUUACGUCGGAUCAAUGGGCUCCGCCUCCAUCACAACCACGGUACCAGACACUAUUACGUCAUGGGUGGUCAGCGCCUUCGCCAUCAACUCAAAAUCUGGUCUGGGAAUGGCCCCAACACAUUCUUACCUGAAAGUCUUCCGACCGUUUUUUGUCAGCCUCAACCUCCCCUACUCUGUGACUCGUGGUGAGCAUCUGGCACUUCAAGCAAACGUCUUCAACUACCAGCCAGACGAUAUGCAGGUACGGGUGACUUUGGCCGAGUCUAAACGUUUCCACAACAUUUUUAUCGACGAAACAGGAAACCAGGAGCAGAAACAGGUUGAUGUUGUACAUGAGGUUAUGGUCAAGGCUGGUGAGGCCGAAUCUGUGUAUUUCCCCAUCGUCCCUGAUGACCUUGGUAGAGUUGACGUGGAGGUCAAGGCCCAAUCCACCAAGGCCGCUGACGCUGUGCGCAGACAACUCCUUGUUGAGGCUGAAGGAGUCCCCAACCAAUACAACAUCCCCGUCCUCAUCGACCUGACAGACAGCAAAAAAACUUUCUCAAAGACCAUUGACCUCACUCUGCCUGACAACGUAGUGAAAGGAUCAGAGCUUGUUAGAAUUUCGGCUGUCGGUGACCUGAUGGGUCCAACCAUCGCUAAGCUGGACUCCCUGCUCCAGAUGCCUUACGGAUGUGGGGAACAAAACAUGGUCAAUCUGGCACCGGAUGUCUACGUCACAGACUACCUCACGUCUGUAAAUCAACUGAAUGGAGACGUCAAGUCUAAAGCUAUCAAUUUUAUGGAGAAUGGUUACCAGAGAGAGCUGACCUACAAACACAGUGACGGCUCGUUCAGUGUUUUUGGCAACAGUGACAAAUCAGGAUCCAUGUGGCUGACAGCUUUUGUAGCCCGCGUCUUCCACCAGGCUAAACGUCACAUCUUUGUGGAUGACAACAUUAUCCGCGAGGCCAUCUGGUGGAUGAUACAGCAACAAAAUACGGACGGCAGCUUUCCGGAAACUGGAUACAUUUACGACAAAAAUAUUCAGGGUCAAGCAGGGUCAGGGGUCGGGUUAUCCUUGUUUGUGUUGAUCUCCCUACUGGAGAACCGUAAGGAUCAACCGGACACGCAUCUUUUAAGUCAUGUUGACGAGGCCAUACAAAAAGCCCUAGCCUACGCUGAACAGGAAGUUGCCAAGUUGGAUGAUCUCUACGUUCUCGCCAUGGCGUCUUACGCUUUCCAACUGGCCGGCAGCAACAUGACCCAAGCUGUUCUAGACAAACUGGAGGCUGAGUCAAAUCAGAAGGACGGUACGGUGUACUGGCACCAGCAGGAACCCCCUAAGGUUUCUACUGACCCAUGGCACCGGCCUAACCCCGCCAAGGCCGUUGACAUUGAGAUGACCGCUUACGUCUUGCUGACCUACACAAAGCGGGGCGACUUGGUGGCGGGCAAGAGCAUCAUGCAGUGGAUCACCAAACAGAGAAACGCCAACGGAGGCUUCAUAUCAACACAGGACACAGUGGUUGCCCUGAACGCCCUCAGCGAGUACGCCAAGCAGACGUACAGCAACAAAUUAAAAGUCCACAUCACCACCCAGCUGGACGAUGAGACUACCUACACCUUUGACGUCGACAAGACCAACUCACUUGUGCUGCAGUCUAGAGAGAAUACAACGGUGCCUACUCAAGUUGUAAUCACAGCUACUGGUUCAGGCAUGGCUCUUGUUCAGGCAUCGGUAAAUUUCCAUGUGCUGUCGGAAAUCGAGGCGAAAACCUUCGAUCUGACAAUUAGAUUAAAAAAGGAAACAAUCCACCAUUUGGUUUUGGAAACUUGUACAAGAUGGCUAGGAAACAGUCCCAACAGUGGAAUGGCUGUCCAAGAGUUUGGUAUCCCAUCAGGCUUUGAUGCUGACCUUGAAAGCAUCACCAAACUAGACAUCGUGAAGAGAGUCGAGACACAAAACAAGAAGGUCAUUCUCUACUUCGACAAGAUCGGCACGACGCCCGUGUGUUUAAACCUUAGAGUCAGACGAGUUGAUUUUGUUGCCAAGUCCCAGCCAGCUGCCGUCAGGGUCUAUGACUACUAUGAGCCACGCAACCAGGUGACAGUGUUCUACCAAUCAAACCUUCUGAAAGAUUCCACCAUCUGUGACGUCUGCCCGGAAUGCGAAAACUGCGACCAAGUCACCGGAAAUUUUCAGAUGUUACAGAAAGCAUGGGAUGUAUGCAAAGCUUUCCUGUCGUGGUGUUCAGAAAUAAUGUUUGAUAUUAUACAUUUCUUAUAGCAAAUGCCAUCUUAUAGCAAAUAAAAUGAAGCUUUCAAAUCUAGUUUUGCUCGUAUUGUAUUACAUCUAUACAAUUCUUUUACUAAUUUAUAACUUGUAGAUAGAUUUUAUUUGAGCUUUUAAAUGUCUAACUUCAUUCAAUGGU